AUGUCCACCCACAGUCUCCGCGCUCUUGUCCAGUUGGCUCUGGUUGGGCUCUCAACCGCCGCCGCCAUUGCCUCUUCUGCCAUCACAGGCUUCACAGCCAUCCCGGAUGGCCUCGUUGCUCGCGAGGUCCAGCUCCCCGAUGGCAGCACCAUAACCAUUGCCGAAAACCCCAACAUCGUCUUCACCCCAGAGUCUCCCAACGACUCCAAAGACACAAAGCACAAGCGAGUGGACUGGCAAGAAUACAGCCUCAGCGACGGCGUACAAGACUUCUGCUGGGACGAGAGCAGGCCCCAAUUCAGCUACGGUACCUCCGCACCCUUGGCAGCCGACUGCCAAAAGAUUGUCGAUUACUAUUCCGGCGUCAGGAAGGCCGGCGUCAGGGGCAAAUGGACACUGUAUCCUUCCGACUUGGCAAACGGAAAGGUUGUCCCACUGGUGAAGGUCGAUGGCUGCCAAUUCACACUCACGCUCUCAGGUAAAAUGGGGCAAAAGGUGUUUUGGGGGGACAAUGACUUGGUAUACUAUGUCGAUAAUCAACUCAAGUAUGCGAAGGAUGGGCGUGUGCAGGCGGAGGACUACACGGCAUGCUAUGUUGUGGACGAGACGAAGUAUGUCCAGUUGAAAUGGAGGUUGGUGAAAGCCUAG